AGAAAAUGGUUCACUGGGAGAGAUGCUUUGGUAACUUUUUAGGAAUCAUGGGCGUCAUGUACGUGGUGAUCUCAUAUCUCCACGCAUCUAAUAUUGGCAUUGAUUAUGUCUAUCCUGGAAGGUUCGAGAAGCAUUUUUAUGCACUUAUGUAUGAGUAUGGGUUUGGAUGGUUCAUGAUCAUCCAUACUGUGUAUAAUUAUUGUAAAGCUGCCUUUGGAAGUGCCCAUGCUAGCGAGCCACUAAAAAAUGUCAAACUUAGUCAACAAUCAUUCAAACAUUUGAUCAAGAUGAAUGAAGAUCAUAGAAGUUAUCGUGAAGCUCAUGAAAAGGACGUAAAAUACGACCCAAUUGUAGAGGAUUAUGAUGAAUUUAAAGAUAAUUACAAAUUUGGACUCUACUGCAAGAAAUGUGAGAUCUAUAGGUAUCCCAGAGCUCAUCAUUGCAGUAACUGUAGAACGUGAUCUGCUUUCUUAGACCAUCACUGUGCGAUCAUCAAUAACUGUGUGGGAUAUAAUAAUCUCAGAUACUUUAUCAGAUUUUCUAUCUAUGGAUCAACUCUGUGCUUAUACUAUCUUUAUUUGGUAAAAGGACUUGCUGUUCACCAUAUGUUUAAUAUUGGCUCAUUCUUAUUAAAAUUCAAAUUUCAAAAUUUCCCGGUCUUCGAUAUAGCAAUAUUGUUCUGGUUUAACAUCAUCUUGCUUGUUGCCUUCCUUCAAAUAUUUAUCCUUAGCAUUGUUAUGAACAGAUGAAUCAAAGGUCAGACUGGUCUUGAGAAAUGGAAAAAUGCAGAAGAUUUCACUUACGAUCUUGGGUUUGAUCAAAACUGGGAGUUUAUUUUUGGUAAAAGAAAAUAUUUCUCUUCUAAAAUUCCGGUACUUAGCCUUCUAUGAACUUGUUACAAUAAAAUUAGCUGGAUGUUCUUCUGGCAUGAUGACAACAACAGGAAUUUGGAAAGAGAUAUGAAGAAAUAUUUUGGUUUUGAGCUUGCUGACUCUCAGACCGCUUAAAAUGCAUAACUCAAUCUGACCA